AUCUGAACGUGCAAGUCGUCUCUUUUUUUUUUUUUUGGUCGAAACGUUAGUUGUGCAAGUCGUCUCUCGCUCAAUUCAAUUCUUUCCAAACAAAUUUAAAAAAAUCCCUAACCUCCUCACUGGAUUCUUACCUGAUUCCCUGACAUUAUUAUGAAUUUCUUCAAAUCCAUUUUAUCAGAUGAUCCGGACCCUCCGCAUCCCCAGAAAACCCAGGAAUCAGAACCCAAUUCCCCACCACCCAGUUCAUCUCAGGAUUCUGACGAAGAAAGCGGAGUCGUUGCUAAGAGCCCCAAUGCAAACUCCAACCCUAAUUCAUCACCUGUCGCGGGAACUAGUUCUACUACUAGUAGCGUCGGUGGAUGGAGCUUCGGUGGCUUGAUCAAGACCUUAGCCUCCCAAUCGGAGUCGGUGCUCGAGACUUACCGUCGCGAUUUGCAGGAGUUUGGUUCGGGUCUGAGGAAAGAAUCUCAACUCUUCCGGGAAGUUGCCGGUCGAGCCGUCAGGGAUCUCCCGGCUUCGAUCGAGGUUGGCGCUUCGGUUGCUCAUGGAUCUCUGGAAUCGGUCACCCACGCUAUUGACGGCGUGAUCAAAUCCACGGCUGAUAUCAUCUCCCACGGUAAAGACACUGUCAUUUCAUCCUCCGAUGUUGAAUCGGAAACACCUGAUGCCAGUCGGGUCUCGGGUUCGGGUAGAUACAGCUGGUUCGAUGCUCAAUUGAAUGUCAUUCAGGGUGAUGUGAAUACUUUCUCUGAAGAGCCUGAGGAUUUGGAGGACUAUGAGGAGUGGAAAUCAGGAUUUUCUCUGGACGAGAAGGGAGAGGAAGUUGAGGAUUUGAUUGGAGAAAAUGGAGUCUUGGAGGGUGUUUACAGAAAAAUGGUCCCUAAUGUUGUUGAUAUUGAGACCUUCUGGUGUAGGUACUUUUAUAGAGUCCAUAAGCUUAAACAGCAAGAGAGGGUAAGAGCUCGUCUUGUGAAGAGAGCAAUUUCGAUUGAUGAUGAGGAAGAACUCUCUUGGGAUGUAGAUGACGAUGUUGAAACUCAACUAGACAAGAACACGAAAUCAAAAGGCCAUGAAUUGGAAAAGAAAGUAUUGGGGGAACAAAAUGCAUCCGCUAUUGUGGAACAAAAGAGCACUGGUGAUGAAACUCAACUAGACAAGAACGCAAAAUCAAAGGGACAUGAAUUGGAAGAGAAAGCAUUGGGUGAACAAAACUCAUCCUCUGUUGUGGAAGAAAAGAGUAUUGGUGAUGGAAAAUUGAAGGUAAGUCCUGCAGCUGUUAGCAGAAAUGUAGAAGAUAAGUCCGCUGGUGAUAAUGUUGAUGACAAAGCUAAUGUAGUGGAGUUGAGGGAGGUAAGUUUGCCCGAUGACAAGACACAGGUUGAAGAGAGUUCUCCUCAAGUGAAGAAAGAAGAGAAAUUGGUGAAGGACGAUGAUAAGGGAGACUUGGAUGGCAAGGUUGAUCAGUCUGAAACCACUAAGCACAGUGAUGUUUCAGUUGUGUCAAGGCAGCAGUCUGUGCACAGCAAGGAGGUGGUGGAGGAGGAGGAGGACAUGGGGUGGGAUGAGAUUGAGGAUAUUGGAAGCGGUGAUGAGAGGACAGCGUAUUCCAACAAUCAAGGUGGGAGCCCAAAUAGAGCUGAUGUGAGGAAGCGGCUGAGUGUGGCUGAAGUAGAUGAAGACUUGAGUUGGGAUAUUGAAGAAGAUGAUUGACCUGUGAAAGUCGUCUGGCUGUAAAAGAAAUGGAUAUGGAAGUUACAAUGACCCUGUUAAAGCUCAAACCCGAGAUAAGAGUCAAAAGCUGGAAAGUGUACGGGAACACCAUAAGCAUUUCCAAACUCAUAACAACUAAACGUCAAGCAUUUGGAACUGUCGAAGUUGAUCAAUUUGUUUGAUUCUUUUCAAGAUUUCUAUAUAUUGUAACUUUUCAGUUUGACAGGGUGGAGAGUUCUCUAUUACCUCGUUUAUGAAACUGGAAUUGUUUAUGCCGCUAUAAACCCCUGUUCAGUGAAUCAAAGUGAGCGUGUUAUAGUUUGUGAUCGCCUUCUGUUUCAUUUCUUGGACUAUAUCCUGCAUUUAAUUGAGUUUUUGAUGGAUCA